AUGGUCGCCCAUGCCCCGCGCUGCCGGGCGGGGGAUGCCUCGGGCCGCAAGAACCGGCGGAAGCUGGCGUCGGGGAAGUUUCUCUGCGGCUUCCACGAGCGGCACUUGGCCAAGAAAGCGGCGGGGGCUUUGGAGGGGCCUCCGGCGCUUUCGUUGAUGGCGCCCCUCUCCGCCCCGAAUGCUCAGAAGCUCCUGGAGGAGAUGCGAGCGGCGUUGCCGGGGACGAAGAGCCAGCUGCUCAGCAAGCUCCACGCGGCUCCACAGAGCUGCAAGCUCCAGUUUGUCUACGAUGGAGGUCUAGAGAUCUUGGAGAAGUGGAUUCGAAGACAUCCGCCGCUACGGAAAGAUAUCCUCGCCUUGCUGAAGGAUGGCUUUCCGGUGACAGGAGCGGACCUGAAGAAGGCGAAGCUACGAGAUUCCCUGGAAGCCCUUGGUAGCGAAGGGGAAAACGAAGACUCCAAGGAGCUCCUGGCACGAUGGCAGUCUGAAGGUCUCUUCUCGGUCCCAGCCUCCAAACCACCCCCAAAAGGGGGGGCCUGCCUGCUGGUCGCCGAGACGCCGAGCGGCGGCGGCUCGCCGAGCCCCGAGCUGCAGCAGCUGCAUCCGCGCAUCGCGGAGUUCCUGGCCAGCCGACCCCUGCUGCUGAAGUUCCUCAAGGCCCAGCCCGGCUUCCUGAGCAACCUGAACUCGCGCUCCGUG